AUGACCCGAAAGAAAAUGGACACCGAUCUAAAAGCAUUGAUCGAGCAGAUCAAUAGGAACACCGCUGCUCAGAAGGAGCAGAACAGGAGAUGGAGACAGGAGAGCGGCCUAACAGAGCUGGAGCUGCUGUUCCAAAAGUGGGAGCAGGACAAGGAGCUGUUCCUGUCACCGGAGCCACCGGCUGAAAUCAAGGGAGAGGAGGUGCUGUCUCCCGAGCCAGAGGAGGUGAAGAGCGCACCUCCACCACAGCUCCAUCCUGCAAUCCCGGAAGCUCCUCCGGCGCUGGUCAGUCAAGUCCCUUACCCCUUGCUCUUGGACACCCUGCCAGUCUGCCUAGACCUCCCUGCGCUAGACCUGGAACCCAGGAGUCUGAACCAUUGGCCACAGCUCUGCCCUGGUUCCCUACUCCGCUCUCUCCAAGCACCGAGAUGUCGCUGGGCUGCUGCCAGACGUCGCUGGUGCUCCCCCUGUUCACUGCUUCAAUCAACCUGGGUGAUCAGACAUCACUACGCCGGUCCCCAGUUGAAGACCUCUGCCAGCUGCUGCAUCCUCCUGUUCCCCGGCAGUCGCUUCAGUCGUCCCUGUCAUCCCGGUGGGGUCCUGUGUCGCCGGUUUGCAGUCCCUCACUGGAAGUGCCGGAAGGACCGACCCACCCUCAAGCCCGCCCGUGGAAAAGGGCAAAGAUUAAAGAAAAUUUUCUCAGGGAAAACAGCUAAGAUAAUUGGUGGACUGUGCCAUGGUCGUUUAGAAGUGAGCCGGGGUGGAGUCUAUGGCACAGUGUGUUCCAAGUCUUUUGACUCCAGAGAUGCAGAUGCUGUCUGUAGAGAACUGAACUGUGGCAUUUCCAAAGCUGUGUUGUCCGGAGCCGACCCUGGAGACAGUAAAACCCUGAUAUGGACAAACGAGAUCCUGUGCCAGGGCAGUGAAGAAAACCUAGCCUACUGCCAAACCUCAGAGACUGAGCAGCAAAACUGCACACAUGCACACGACGUCAGCAUCAUCUGUACUGGGUACACUGGGUACAGGCUGGUCAAUGGCAGUGACCAGUGUUCUGGUCGAGUGGAGCUGGAGUACGCCAGCCAAUGGCACACAGUCUGCGAUCAGAACUGGGACCUGCAGGAUGCCACAGUACUCUGCCAGCAGCUGAACUGUGGGUAUGCUGUGACUGUCCCAGGACAGGCCCAGUUUGGGAAAGGCAGUGGCCCUGUACUGACCGAUAUAUUCGACUGUGAAGGCACCGAGACCGAGUUACUGAAGUGUCCCAUCUCUACGCGAGGACACAGUACAUGCACUCGUGGUAAUGAUGCAGGAGUUAUCUGUGCAGCUCAGGCAGGUCCAGUCAGGCUGCUUGGUGGACCAGGGGUCUGUGAAGGCCAGGUGGAAGUUUACUAUAACAGGACGUGGGGGAGAGUUCUCCCCGACUCCUGGAGCAGCACAGAGGCCUCGGUGGUGUGCAGAGAGCUGGGCUGCGGGAUUGCUUUGAUCCCAGCCUCUAACUCCUCUCGAUACGGGACGGGUCACAGUGGCGUGUGUCUGACAGGUAUCCACUGCAGCGGGGACGAGACCCACCUGAGGAACUGCAGCCGUCCACAGCCAGUCCCCUGCAACACCAGUAACAGCGCGGCCGUGCUCUGCACUGGUGAGUACAACACAGAUCACAUGGCUCUCAGGCUGGUUGGGGGAGGAGGUGACUGUGCUGGGAGGGUGGAGGUUUAUCAAAACGGCUCCUGGGGGACGGUCUGCGAUGACUCCUGGGACCUGGCAGACGCAGAGGUGGUGUGCAACCAGCUCCAGUGCGGGGCGGCCCUCAGUGCCACAGCCUCCUUCGGACAGGGAACCGGACCCAUCUGGCUGGACGAGCUGCGCUGUCAGGGGAACGAAUCAGCUCUGUGGGAGUGUGCCUCGAGAGGGUGGGGGCAACACGACUGCCAACACAAGGAGGAUGCAGGGGUCAUGUGUUCAGAGUUCAAGCAGCUUAGACUGGUUAGUACUGAGUUUGACUGUGCGGGACGUCCAGAGGUCUUCUACAAUGGCACCUGGGGUGCUAUCUGCAGCAAUGGGAUGGGAGCAAUCGCAGCGACAUUUAUAUGCCGUGAGCUGAACUGCGGAGAGACCGGAUCUAUUAAACCUCAGUCUGAAACGAGCUCCGGUCUCAAAUGGCUUGAUAAUAUUACAUGCAAAAAGCACGACACCUCACUGUGGCAGUGUUUGUCCUCGCCUUGGGGACAGAACACCUGUGAGGACAGUGAUGUGGAGGACAUUGUUUGUUCAGGUAAACGGGAAAAAACUACAACCAACAGCUCAAAAACUUGUACCGAAGACCCCACCCAGGAGCAGUGCUUUGAUCCAGCAACACUGCGGCUGGUUGGAGGCUCCAGUCGCUGCUCCGGACGGGUAGAGUUGCUGUACGGGGGCUCCUGGGGGACAGUCUGCGAUGACUCCUGGGACCUGAGGGAUGCCCAGGUUGUGUGCAGGCAGCUGGGCUGUGGGGCAGCGGUGAGUUCAGUGGGAGAGGCUGAGUUUGGAGAAGGUGUUGGCACCAUCUGGCUGGACGAGGUGAACUGCAGGGGCAGCGAGCUCCAUCUAUGGGACUGCCGGCACUCUCUCCUGGGAGACAGCGACUGCAAACACAAGGAGGAUGCAGGGGUUAUCUGUGCAGGGGAUUCAGGUCCCCCCAAGCCAAGGCAGAUUCCUCAGGUUCAGCAGAUUCCUCAGUCCUUUCUAGUGGUUGCCUGCAUCAUACUGGGAGCUCUGCUGUUUGUGGUCUUCAUCCUCUUUGGAGGGCAGCUAGUGAAGAACAGGGUGCUGAGGAGAGGGCUUGCUGAGAGGGAACUCGCUGAUUCCCACUUCAAUGAACCACUCUAUGAGGAGAUCGAGUACAAACUGGCCAGGCAGGGAACCUACAGCUACCCCAGGAGCGGGAGUUUCUUUGAGGAUGAUGAUCUGCGCUAUGAUGAUGUGGACGAUACUACAGGAAGCCUCGCUGCAGGAAGUCUGUCUUCUGGUAACCUGCCGUAUGAUGAUGUAGGGUACAGUGACGGGAACUCAAUUGCAGGUUCUGAGAAUUCCCUGGCUGUUCUACCCACUGCAGACCCCCCCUCCCCUGAAGACACUGUCUAUGAUGAUCUCUGCAGUGAGUCUGCAAGCCUUGAGGAAACAGAGAGGGAGUGA